CCUCUCGUUUUUCUGCAGAUCGUACAGUCACUUCUCUUCUUCCCGUAUUUCACAAAUUGGUUUGGAAGAACCCGAUUGGUAUGUGUUCUCAGGCUGUUACUGCCAUCUCAAUGCAUAACUAGAACCAGCGACCCCGUCGCUCGUUUGCUCAAACCUGUUCAAAUCAAGCCCCUUCCGGUACAAUGUACAUGGUAGAGCCGAAGGACCUUCCGAAGUUCUGAGCUAAUCACCAAGCGCUGAAGCGCUGAUAGCUCGCUUACCUUGACAUCCAGGGAUACCGGACCCAGGAUGCAACCUGAUGCAACACUUACUUAAAUGGAAGUUUCGGCUCUAACGAAUUCAUUGCAAACAUUAUGGUCGUCCUCGAGAUAUCUUCACUCACAUUUGAGACCCACACCACUGGACUGUCGUUGUUGAACUCUGCGAAAUGUUAUCGACCUCUGCAAUCAGACUCAACGCGAGAUUAUCAGGUAAAGCAGGGACUGGUGUUGCUGAUGGCUCAUGGAACUGGAUAUCACAAAGAACACUGGGAACCAACAAUUGAACAGUUAUUCAGUCUUGAAUCCGAGCUUACAUCAACAAAAUCGCCGCCAACACCUACUAUCCGCGAAUGCUGGGCAAUAGAUGUCCAGAAUCACGGCGAAGCUGCGGUGUUAAACGAACGGAUUACUAGAGAGAAACCGGAGGCUUGGUCAAUUUGGGACUAUGCCGACUCGUUCGUCACCCUCAGACGAGACAUCCUUGGCUCUAACCCCAGUUACCGAGAUAACAAGUUCGUCUUGGUCGCUCAUUCAGCUAGUGCUACUGCUGCCAUCCUCGCAACAACCUUCUUCCCCCUCCCCAUUCUCCAAACUCAAAAUAUCUUUCACUCUCUCGUCCUCAUUGAGCCCGCAAUCGCACCUACUCCCGCAUUCGUUGAUCCCGCCCUACAUACGCCUCUAUAUCGCGCGAUAUCACUUCUCAUGACAAAUCGCAAAGACACUUGGGCGUCGAAGGAAGAAGCGAGGGUAUGGAUGGAGAAAAAAAUACCCUGGGGGAUGUGGGAUGCAAGGGUGUUGAAGGCAUAUGUUGACUUCGGGUUGGUGGAUAACGCGAAAGGAGGAGUGACGCUGAGUUGCACGAGACAAACUGAGGCAUUGGCUUAUGAGAGGGGAAUAAGACAGAGUUUACCUGGGCUGUGGCAGCUGAAUCUGCUGUGCAGUGCGAAUGCUCAUGUAGGCGAUAACGAAGCAGGUAAAAGAACGGCGUCUAAAUCCAAAGGAAGCCAUAAACCAAUCAUACCAAUUCACAUCGUGUGGGGUGAUAUUGAUGAUCUAUUUUCGCGAGAGAUGAAGGAUCGUUUGGAGGAUUCAGAACAAGGGAGGGUGUUCACUUCUGUGACGAGGGUUGAGGACGUUGGGCAUAUGAUGAUACAAACAUCUCCUCAAGCAACGGCGAAGGCUUUAUGGGACAUCUUUUCAGAAUCGACCCCCGACGCGGUCAGUUUUUUAGGAGAGAACUCUGAAGAUCAGGGGACGCAGAAGCCCAGGAAUCAACGUCGGGGUAAUUUGCAUAGCAGACUUUGAUAGGACACGCAGUGACCUAAGAGUAGCUAUUUAAUGUGGUCCAGUACAUGCCUUUGAGGUGAUCUCCUGGGACCAACAUUUAGUGAAUGUAGCAAAUGGUAUGAGUCAGAGAUAGAUAGAAAAUAUGUGAGUGGUCAACACAGCAGUCAGCAAACAGAGAAGUUGGGAGACAUUCAGAUUCAAUUGAACAAGGCAAAGAUGCUA